AUGUCAAACAAAGAGAUUAUUGACAGGUACUUUGAGGGAAUUCCAGAGGAUUUAGAACCCCCAGUAUCGGAGAGUGACUUUGUCCAUGAUGAAUUGGCAUCCUCUUCAAACCAUGAUAUUUCACUUAUAAGUGCCCAACCUGAAAAUCCGACUGUCGUCGAAAAUGGCCUGAGUAUAGACCACCAACAGUUAGUGCAAUCUCGGGCCUUUCGGUGGCUGCUUACACGACUUCAAAGAAAGCUUCAUCUCGUGACUGCAGAUCCAGACAAUCUCUCUAUUGUCAGAGGAGAAAUUUUGGGUACCCUUCCUUCUUCUGGCAAAGUGAGUAGAUCACAGCCAGUCAAAACAUUCAAAUCAUUUUUCAACGUUGAUUGGGAUGUUCUGGCAUUUGUCGCACAGCAAGAGUACCGUGAAAGAGCCGACGAAGCAAUAGCAACAGCAAUCACCCUCACCGGAGGCCCUGAUGGUGCUCAAGCAGCAACAACUACCCAAUACUUUGAUCAAACUUGGCCUAUUUCAGGUCCAUGGAUUUUGCAAGCCCUGAAGUCCGCUGCUCUUGAUAGAUCUGGCCAUUUCAAUGCAUCUCACCUUCGAAGGGACCUGGAGAUUGCUAUCUAUCUACAAAACUCUAAGACUCUGGUGGAAGUCUAUGGCACCGCUGACUUUAUCGCCGAGGUUGGCGAGCAAAUUGCUUGGCUUGGCUCAGCCCUACGUUCGUCGCCCUUUGACCGCGGGGUUGCUUUCUGUACGCCGUAUAUACACAGAGUCUUGAGCCAACCAUCAGCUGAGAAGAUAGACGGCUCUGAGCCCUAUGCAGUCUUUCACUAUGAACUCUACUUUCAUGUGGAGCAUAUAUACCAGCAGCCUCUCCAGAAUGGUAUCUGUUGGCACGGACUGUUCAACAAUCCAGUUCUUGUCCAAGGAUUUCCUAUCCUUUUCAGAGCCAAUAAUGACAACGGUCUUGAGAUUUCCCUGCAUAUGAUGGCGGGCCUGAUCCAGGCGCGGCGUGUCACAAAUUUUGACGGACAACUCUACAUCAAGAGCUUUUCUAGUCUUCUCUUCCCGACCAAAAAAGUUGGCGGCAUCAUAUUGUGGCACUUGCUUUACAAUGAGGAUGGAAGUCGCAUUUCGUAUGUCGACUCCCGGGUACGAAAGCUUGGAGCUGUCAAGGCGGAUAAAAUCAACUUUUUGGAAAUUGAACACCUGCGACAUGUUUUAGGAUGGUGUAGUAAAGCGCAGAACCAUGCAGGAUCACACCAAGCGGACUACAAUAUUAGACCCUCGGGACGUCGUGAGCCUCAUGCAGGGUGUAAUCUUGAAAGAUUUAGCAUAUCAGGUGGAAAAUUCAUCAGCGUUGGGGCUUCAUUUGCCAUCGGUGUUAAAGACAUACCGCUGCAUUUGAAGCGAAACGGAUGUUACUUUGAACAGAUCAAGGACAUAUCUUCCAAGUUUGUUAUUUUCUAUGACGUCGGCGACAGAAGAGCAUGGCUUGUCAAUGGGGCAAGUGCUUUACUUCAUCUCGUGAGAGCUUCACUCGAAGAUGAUCGGCAGAGUAAGAUUGGUUCCAAGUUACUUUUUCAUCUCGACAAAUUGAAGAGACCGACAUGCGAGUAUGCUUCGGGUUCAGCUAUCGAAGUUUUGAUCGAUCAACAGAAUAUGGAACUGCCAAUCUUCCCACACAAAAGGGAAUUAUCCGAGGAAAUAAGCACUGAGGCUCCUGAUUCUCCAAAACAAGUGAGCAAGACGAAGGAGACACACGUUUUACUCCAGGACCGAGUUGAACAGAUUUAUCACUUCCUGGAACAGAUCCUGACUUAUCAAAUGGACAGGGCUGGGCGGCCCGGCCUAGAGGCGAAGUAUAGGCCUCGAAAUUACUUGGAAGGGUUCGACUUCAUGGAUGUCGCCACCGGUGCUGAUCCGGUUCUAUUGAAGAUCACCGGUCUCCAGUCCACUGGAAAAUGCUGGAUAGACUUCACUCGAGCCAUUCAUGCAGUCACUCUAUUUGGCCGAGGGUUUGGUGAGAUAAUUCGCCCACAGGCACCAAGCACGCCUUGCGGCUUUUGGGGCCAAAUGCCAAAGGGAGCUGAUCACCUGGCUGUUUGUAUCCCAGAUCUCAAAUCCAUAAUCCGCAAAUGGGGAGAUUGGGAAGACAUUCCUGUGCGGGUGGUCGAUGAUAUACUUUGGCACAACCCAGACAAACUCUUUGAAAGCUGUCACUGCCAUUCACGAUCUCACAACAUAUGUGAUCGAGCACAAAUACUGCUUCCAUCUGGUUUCAACUUCCGACGCCUGGCAAACCGCAUUGCCAGUCCUGUCUUGGGUGGAGAUGACGAUCAGGGUGCUGUCAUCUUCGGUCAUAGUCGCAAGUUACCAAUGCACUGGCCCGAUGAGUCUAGCAAAGAUCCCGAAGAGAUGCUACCCAAUACUAUCCUUCAUGGUACCGAACAAGAACGAAUGGAGAAUCCAUCAAGCACCAACGAAAUGUUAGCCCCUCCUAGUGUUGUAUCGACGAGCUCAAUCUCACAGGAAGGGCAUAUCACCCAGCUGUCAGAUAAUUCGGGGGAGCCCGUGAGUACACUGCAAUCAUCAAUUCCAACGAAUUCUACAGAAAGUUCAUCAGAAGUCACACAGCGGGUCCCCACAGAGUCACAAGAUGAAGGUAACUCAGCCAUGCGACGGACACGAAAUUAUUUGUUUAAAAAGGUGCGGUUUUCAAGAGACAGGAAAAGUUGA